AUGACCUUCAUAAUAUUUGUCUUCAAAACUUUCUAUCUUCAUCUUAUCACAAUUUUUCUUUCUUUCUUUCUUUCUUUCUUUCUUUCUUUCUUUCUUUCUUUCUUUUCUCCGCUUUCUUUCAGUUUUCCCCUUGCGGCUCAUUUCCUCUCGUCUGUUUUUUCCAAUCUUUUUGUUUUCCUUUCUAGACAUUUUCCCAGUCCCGUCCAUUUCCUUUUGAACUUUUCUUUCUUUCCCUCGUUUUACAUUUCCUUUUCUUUUCUUUCCAUUGUUUCUUUCUUUUUUAUAUCUUUACCAUUUUCUUCCUUUGGUUUUCUUUUCUUUUCUUUCUUUCUUUCUUUCUUUCUUUUCUUUGCUUUCUUUAUUUCUUUCUUUCUUUCUUUACCAUCUUUCUUAUAUCUUUUUCAUUUAGUCUUCAUCCUUUGGUUUGAUUUCCUUUUUAUUAUUUUCUAUCUUACGCCUCUUCUCUUUGACUUUUUGUCAUUUCUUUCGUUCUUACUUUCUUUAUUUUACUAUAUCUGCUGUUCAUAUCUCUCUAUCUAUCUAUCUAUCUAUCUAUCUAUCUAUCUAUCUAUCUAUCUAUCUAUCUGUCUGUCUUUGUGUAUUUCUCUUCAUAUCUAUAUCUGUCUGUCUGUCUCUCUAUCUGUGUCUGUGCGUGUUAUUAUCUAUCUAUCUAUCUAUCUAUGA